GAUAGUUCAGAGUAAAGAGCUGCAGUCGGACACAGAUCAUAUCUGGAAGUGUGCAGUUGCUCUCAUCCUUCUGUUCCUCAGCAGUCAUGUUGGUUUUACUCGCUGCCAUCUUCGUCCUCCACCUCACCUGCAUCGCUCUGCUGCUGGCCGCCACCAUCCAUAACGCCUGGUGGGUGACCGACACAGUGUCCACUGAUAUCUGGGCUCGAUGGACUCUGACAGGCGGACAGUGGAACUACACUGAGCUUCCUGAUGUCUAUCCUAAAGAGUAUCUGCAGGCGGUGCAGGCCAGCUCCGUGCUCGCGUGCAUCUUCUGCAUCCUGGGCCUGUUCGUGUUUGUGGCGCAGCUGUACACACUACCUAAAGGAAGACGCUUCCUGUUCUCUGGAGUCUUCCAGCUGCUGGCCUGGCUGUGUAUAAUGAUCGCGGCGUCCAUCUACACGGAAAUCUUCCAUAAAGACGAGCGGAACGGCUGGUACGGAGCCUCCUUCAUCCUGGCCUGGAUCUCCGUCUGUCUCACCUUCAUCUCCUGCGUCACCUACUUCGUCCUGCGCAAGAAAACAGCGUGAAGAACACACACACACACACACACAAACGCAGAGACUACAAGCAUCCAUCCUCACCUCUGAUAAACACACACUUCUCCAUCAACAGAUCUUCAAACGCUCGUCUCAGGCUGCGCUCGAGUGUUUCAUCUGUAGAUAUGUAAUCCUAGUGACAUUCAGAGCCUAAAUCUGCCAUCAUGUCAUGUUUAACACUAGUCAUGGUAUGGGGCUGUUUACCGUCACAUGAGCCCCAUAAACACACCGCGAUACGGGUGAUUCUUCACUUAAACUACCUGAAUGUGUAAAAAUGAAAACCUUAAUUCUGCAAACUCUUUGUUUCUUUGUUUCUAAGCAUUUAUCAUGUGAUCUGAUCCUGGCUUCGGUCACUUUUGUCAGUUUAAGCAUUUAUAAUUCAAAUAUAAUUCCCAUCACAACAUGAAAUAACUGAUUUUAAUUAAAAGUUGCUUUUUUACAUGAAAUCACUUCAUCCACGAUAAAGAGACAUGUCGGCAUGUUUGAACAACUUUUAAAGUUUAGGAGUCUUUAAUAAAUCCUUUAAAACGGGAGUCAGACAGAAAAACAUUUUUGUCAAGAUAAUUCUGUCACUUUGUUUCCAUGGAAUAAUGUAUUACUGUUGAUGUUUUCUGAUGAAAGGCAACUUUAGAGUCUAGUAGUAAUUAAAAUAUUAACAGCAAAUAUCAAUAAAGCACACAUUUAUUGUUUA